AUGUUGUUCUCAGGUACUUCAUCCGGACAAUCAUCUUACAAUACGAACUCUGUACAACGCGAUUCAACUGGUAGCUCAUCAAGCAAUCAGCCAGGAUACCUUCCCGAUUACCAAGGAGACCGAUACACCGAUCCACAACGAAUUGCCGACACUCAAGCUCUGAAUAGAGCAUUCUUCGACUCGAUUGGAGGAGCUCCAUCGCCACCACCAGAGACGCCAGCUCAACAAGGAAUGAACGGAGGAUCGACUGCUUCCCCAACUGGUCAGUAUAAUCAACAACAACAGCAAUACGGUACCAACCAACAAUACAAUCCCCAACAGCAACAAUACGGUACCAACCAGCAAUACAAUCCCCAACAGCAACAGCAAUACGGUAGUACCACUUCUUACUCAUCCAAUGGUCCUGCUCUCUAUGCAACUGGCACCACCAAUUACCCAACUCUCUAUCAACCAUCUUCUUCCUCCCCCCAAUAUAUGAAUAACGGUUGCACCACAUGCUCCACAACAACGACGUAUGCACCGACAACUUCCUAUGGAUACUCCACUCAAUACUAUAAUCCAUCAUCUUCCUCGAGAACCUCUUCCACUGGAUACUCCAAUCCAUCAUCCACCUAUGGAAGCACCCAACAACAAGGAACCAAUCAAAACUUUGUAGCCUAUGAUACCACAAAUCAAAACUCUCCAUACUACUAUCAGAGAGUUCCAUCUACUGCUCAAUACAAUUCAGUUCUUGGGGUGAAUGCUGGAUUCCCACAGAACUCGAAUCAAAAUCAAUUGCUGAGAGAUCAAUCCUCCAAUCAAGGAUACGGAAUGAAUCAAGCUAACAAUCAACAAAUGUACAACACAGGAUACAACAACCAAGGAUCACAAUAUCAAAACCAAAAUCAAAAUCAGAUGUACAACAAUCCACAAAACACCAUGACGACUACUUUGAUGUAUGCCAGCAGCACUCAACAGCAACCAUACCAGCAGCAACAACAACAGAACAAUAACCAGCAGAUGUACAGUAACCAACAGUACAACAAUCAGCAAUACGACAACAAUAUGGGAUACAACAAUCAACAUAUGUACAAUCCAAGCACUCCGCAGUACAGUAGCAGCAUUCCAUCUCCACAGUACUCUGCUGACGCCAUCUCAUGUUGCUCCCAAGUCAGCUCGACAUGUUGCUACCAAACUCAACAAGGAUACAAUAGCAAUCAACAGCAGCAACAACCAGGAAACAAUCUUCAGUACUCGCCAUCAGUCUACCAGUAUGGACGCAAAAAAUAA